CGACCAUGGCACCCCUCAGCCACCCCUCCAUCGUAGACGGCUGGUUCCGCGAGAUCUCGUCGCAAUGGCCAGGCCAGGCCAUGACCCUCAAGGUCAACAAAAUCCUCCAUGUCGAAAAAAGUCUCUACCAGGACGUCCUCGUGUUCGAGUCACAGACGUACGGCAACGUCCUCGUGCUCGAUGGUGUCAUCCAGUGCACCGAGCGCGAUGAGUUCUCGUACCAGGAGAUGAUCACCCACCUGCCCAUGGCGUCCCACCCGAACCCGAAGCAGGUCCUUGUUAUCGGCGGUGGCGAUGGUGGUGUCGUGCGCGAGGUCCUCAAGCACGACACCGUCGAGAGCGUCGUUCUUUGCGAUAUCGACGAGGCCGUCAUCCGCGUCAGCAAACAAUACCUCCCGCACAUGUCCUCCCUCCUCGCCGACCCGCGCGUGACCGUCUACAUCGGCGACGGCUUCAAGUUCCUCGCCGACAACCAAAACACAUACGACGUGAUCAUCACCGACUCUUCCGACCCCGUCGGCCCCGCCGAGUCGCUCUUCCAGAAACCCUACUUCCAGCUGCUGCACGACGCGCUCGCGCCCGGCGGACAAAUCAGCACGCAGUGCGAGUGCCUCUGGAUCCAUCUCCCGCUGAUCAACAAUCUGCGCGCGAUGACCAAGGGCCUGUUCCAGGUCAGCGAGUACGCGUACACGACAAUCCCGACGUAUCCGAGCGGCCAGAUCGGGUUUUUGGUGUGCUCCAAGGCGGAGGGAAGGAAUCUGCGCGAGCCGGUGCAGACGGUGAAAGGGACGAGGUACUAUAAUGCGGAUGUGCAUCGCGCGGCGUUUGUGCUCCCAGAGUUUGCGAGAUCGAUGCUCGAGGACGGUGUGGACAAGCGCCCGCAGUUUGGGCGGGAGGCGCUUAAGGCGAAGGCACAGGAGGAGGGCAAGAAGGGCAAGAAGGUGUUGUUGCUUGGGUCGGGGUACGUUGCGAGGCCGUGUGCGGAGUAUGUGGUGAGGGAUCCAACGAACGAGCUUACGAUCGCCUGCCGCACACUCGCAACCGCUCAGUCACUCGCCGCGGACCUGCCCAACACGACCGCGAUCGCGCUCGAUGCAUCCGACCCGGCGGCACUCGAGGCUGCAGUCGCACAGCACGAUCUCGUCGUCUCCCUGAUUCCGUACACGUACCACGCGGACGUGAUCAAGGCCGCGAUCAAGGCGAAGAAGCACGUUGUCACGACCUCGUACGUCUCGCCCGCGAUGCGCGAGCUCGAGGCGGAGGCCAAGGCCGCGGGGAUCGUGGUCAUGAACGAGAUCGGGCUGGAUCCGGGCAUCGACCAUUUGUAUGCGGUCAAGACGAUUGGAGAGGUGCAUGAGAAGGGCGGCAAGGUCUUAGAGUUCCUCUCGUACUGCGGUGGCCUUCCCGCGCCGGAAUGCGCGGGCAACCCGCUCGGAUACAAGUUCUCGUGGUCCUCGCGCGGCGUGCUCCUCGCGCUGCUCAACCCCGCGGCCUACCUCUCGGGCGGGGAGCAGCUCGACGUGUCGGGCUCGGAGCUGAUGCAGCACGCGAAGCCGUAUUAUAUCUCGCCCGCGUUCGCGUUCGUCGCGUACCCGAACCGCAACUCGGUGCCGUUUAGGGAGUUUUAUGCGAUUCCGGAGGCGCAGACGGUUGUGCGGGGCACGUUGAGGUAUCAGGGGUUCCCUGAGUUUAUUGGGGCGCUGGUGAAGCUUGGGUGGCUGGAUGCGGAGAAGAAGACGUGGUUGGAGGAGGGGAUGAGCUGGGCGGAGGCUAUGCAGAAGGCUGUUGGGGCGAACGAUGCGAAGGAGAGCACGCUCAUUGAGCGAGUCAAAGCGCUCUGUGCGUUCCCGAACGAGGCGGAGGCGAGCCGCAUUGUGUCGGGCUUGCGCUGGAUCGGGCUGUUUUCGGCGGAGGAGAAGGUGCAGGUGCGCGGGGGCAACCUGCUCGACACGCUGUGCGCGCGGCUGGAGGGGCUUAUGCGGUACGAGGACAAUGAGCGGGAUCUGGUGAUGCUGCAGCACCGGUUUAGGGUGCAGUGGGCUGAUGGGAGCGAGCAAACGCUCACGUCGACACUCGAGGCGUACGGGUACCCGGGCGGGCACAGUGCGAUGGCGAGGCUGGUCGGUGUGCCGUGUGGAAUUGCGGUGCAGCUUGUGCUGGAUGGGGUGAUUAGCGAGCCGGGUGUGCAUGCGCCGUAUUCGAAGGAGCUGUGUGAGCCGCUGAGGGAGCUUGUGGAGAGGGAAGGGUUGGGGAUGGUUGAGGGUGUUUUGUAGAAUGUUUUACAGAGCGGGUUACGUUAGAUGUGGAAGUGAAAAAGCCUUGAGGAACUAUGGGGCCGUGUAUGAGUAGGCUUGCUUUGGGUUCGACGAUGUAUUUGUUUGCUGUUG